UUCUACGAAAUAUAUGAUCGUACCAUGGAUAUCCAUGUUACUGGCUCAUUCGGAAAUAGUGGCAGGUUGACAUUUACGGUAUAUAACGCUACACUAACUUCCAAUGGCACAUUUUUUGCUCUAUUGUACAAAAAAGAGAGACUUCAACCACACUAUGGAUAUCCUAUACAAAUUCUAAAAGUGGUUGUCGUUAUCAAAGGUAUUAUAACGUCAAUUUCUUCACGCACUGAACCUACUAUAGAAACCAUGAAAAUGAAUCAAUCUACAACGAAAGUAAAUCAACCUACAACGAAAGUACAUCAACCUGCAACGAAAGUAAAUCAACCUACAACAAAAGUACAUCAACCUACAACGAAAGUAAAUCAACCUACAACGAAAGUACAUCAAACUCCAACGAAAGUAAAUCAACCUACAACGAAAGUAAAUCAACCUACAACGAAAGUAAAUCGAGCUACAACGAAAGUAAAUCAACCCACAACGAAAGUAAAUCGACCUACAACGAAAGUAAAUCAACCUACAACGAAAGUACAUCGACGUACAACAGAAGCAAAACAAGCAAAAACGAAUGAAUCAACAACAAUAGUCAUAGGGUUCUCGCAUGGUAUUGGUUGGUGGUUAGUUUUGCUGUUAUCAUGUCUCAUUUUUUCUGUUGUUUUCUUCACUGUUGUUCUAUUUAUCCACUAUACUGGUAAUCCACGCAUUUCUACGUGGUACAUGCAUCUUUGCAAUGUUGGAAAAUACUGAUGGUUAGAUAUAGAUUUAUAACAAAAAACUAGUUGAGUUAUAUUAGAGUUGCAUUCUCCAUGCAUUUGACUUUAAAUUUAAUCUGACUCCUCAACAGUCCCUUGUGAUUCUGUACUCAGGAGAAUCAUCCUACGUCAGAAAAUAAUAUUUAGUAUGUAAUACUUUUUAUAUUUGGAGAGGAUCGUACAACCUCGUUCUCAGGGUCUUUUGAGGAUCGUAUAGCUUUUAUUCAACUCGUUAUUUCAUUUCCGCCAUGAUUCGCUAUAUAUGUAAAGGCGCACAUGGAGACCGGAAGCGAU